CGACCACUAAUUAUAAAGAUGGAUUUGCCAUUUGAUAGCGACAAACGACUCGUAUACGAAAUUGUUAUGUUUAGCCAGUUUCUUCACCUGUUGCUGUGCGCCUGUUUGGAUGGUACACUAAAUGCUCUGCUCAUAGCUUUGAUAUUACACGUAAGCGAUCAAAUCGACAUUCUUUGUGGAUGGUUACUAGAAAUUUUUCCAAAAAAAGAAAAAUCCGCCCAAAGUACGACAAAGAAAGUGAUUACGACACACCAGAAAAUCAUCGUUUUUUCAAAGAACAUCGAAAAUCUAUAUUCAUUUGUAAUGAUGGUUCAAUUGCUAUCCAUUACUUUAAUUACUUGCAGCUUGGGAGUUAUACUUGUUGCAUCAAUUGGAACGCCCAAUGCAUUGGUAAUUAUAAUAAGAACUCUUUUAUUUUACUCCGUUAUGAACAUGGAGGCGUUUACAUUCUGUUUUGCCGGAGAAUACUUAAGUAAUAAGAGCAAGGCCAUUGCAGAUGCUGCGUAUAACUCCCUUUGGUACGAAUCGAAUUCCAAAGACAAUCAAAUUAUAUUGUUUUUGAUAAUGAGAUCACAAAAUCAAUUGACCUUAAAGGUGGGAAGAUUCAUGGAUUUGACGUUAAGCCGAUUUAGUGAUAUUAUAAAAGCUUCAGCCUCUUAUGUAUCAGUACUACUCGCAAUGUACUGA